AUGGCCACAAAGCGCCCUCGCGCCGUCUUUGAGACGGAGCAUUCCCAUUCUCCCUAUGCAGUCUACGGCACUCCUCUGCCACCACUAGAAGAAGGAUCCCGCGAUGAUGGCUCCUACCAACCCAUCUGGAAGCAAGAGGUGACCGAUGAACGCGGAAGGAAACGACUACACGGUGCCUUCACUGGCGGGUUCAGUGCUGGGUACUUCAAUACCGUCGGCUCGAAAGAGGGAUGGACCCCCGCGACCUUCGUCUCGUCUCGGCAGAAUCGCGCCCGAGAUGCGAAACGCCCUGAACAACGACCGGAGGAUUUCAUGGACGAGGAGGAUUUGAGGGAGCAGGAGGAAUCGCGCAACCUAAACACAACCGAAGGGUUUGCGGGCUUUGGUUCCACCGAAGCGGAUGCUACACGGAGGGCAGGUCUGAUGGACUUGCUUAAGACGGGCGGCGAAACAAUGGGUGUGAAAUUAUUGAAAAAGAUGGGCUGGAGGGAAGGACAAGGUAUUGGGCCGAAAGUACGGCGCAAAGCCAAUCUGGAGGUGAAGGCCACGGCAGGUGCUCCGGAGGAGACAUACCUCUUCGCACCUGAGAAUCCGCCAAUGGUCGCAUUCGUCCGCAAAACAGAUCACAAGGGUCUAGGCUUUGCGGGUGAGGCCCAGCUUGAGAAGCCUGACCAGGCCAACCGGGAGGAGGAGGAAGAAUCAGACUCGUUUUUUGGGGAUCGCUUGUCUACCAAGAAGAAAACAGCCAAAAAACCGCAACGAUCAGGCUUUGGUGUGGGCAUUCUCAAUGAUACUGGGUCUGAUGAUGAAGAUCCCUACUCUCUUGGUCCGCAAAUAUCAUACAACAAAACCAUCGGGGGCAAGAAAAAGAAGGCCAAGGAGUUGAAGCCCGCAAUUACUUCCGCAAAUCCUUUACUUAACGCCAAGCCCGUUUUUAUAUCUAAAAAAGUUGUUGCUGCGCGCAACGCUGGAGGGUUCAGGAAAUGUCGCGAUGGACGAUUGCCCCUGGAUGGGUUCGUUCUCGCAGAUAGUCUUUCAGGCCUCUCCAUUUCUGACAAGAAAUACGAACCUCCACAUAUUCCUGAGGGUUGGAAAUCUUCACGAAAAGCUGCAACCGAGCGCGCAGAGUAUGUGUCUACAGCAGAUGCAGCCAAAUCAUCUUCUCUAAACCCUACCUCGAGAGCUGCCGUCCUGGGUGAAGCUCAGCUCCCAGGCAAAUCUAUUUUCGAUUGGAUGACACCAGAAGCUCGCGAGCGCAUCGUCAAACUCACCGGAAAUACCAAUCUGCCACAGGCUAUGGGUGAAAAGGCGCCGAAGGGCUAUGAACUAUCGGAAGCCGACCGACGCCGAGAUCUGUGGGACCUUGUUCCCAACCUAGACAAACAAACUGCUGUGCAAGCGCUGACUCGAGGUGUCAGUGGAUGGAUGCCUUACGCCGAAGAUGAAGCCAAGCGCGCUCGAUAUCGGACUUUUAUCGAGAUUCGAGCCGGUCUCCGCGAUACCCUCCCAGACCGAUUGCCAGGAUCCAGCACCGACGAUUGGGUAACAGAGAUGCAAGAAUUUGCUCGGGCUGCCGAAGUAUUCAAACCCAUCUCGGGUGUCAUGGCAUCCCGAUUUACUUCGGCCUCCUCAGGUCCCAAGCUUGCCUCCGAUGCACCCGACUCGUCCGAUUCCCCUCUUACUCGGCCCUCUGAGAAACCCGAUGAUCCGGCAGUGGCUGCAGCCAAGAUUGGCAUGUUUGGUCAAUUAACCCGAAGGACGACUUCCUUUUUCCCCACCCGCUUACUCUGUAAACGUUUCAAUAUCAAGCCACCCGAUCAUGUUCAGCUUGACCCCGGUGGGUCCUCUAGUGACACUAAGGGACCUGGUACUCGCUUCCAAUCAGGCGGAUACGAGACCCCGUCCGGUCCCAGAGAUUUGAUCUCUCACGAAGUGAUGAACAUGAUUUUGAUUGAAUCUGGUCGUCAACCUGUGAAUUCGGAAGAGAAGCCGAAACCUGCCCCAGUGGAGCCUGAGCAUAAUGCCGCGAUCGAAGUGGAACGACCUGGGGAUGCCAUCUUCAAGGCGAUCUUUGGCAGUGACGACGAGGAUGAAGAAUGA